UCGGUGAUUACUAACGGUCUCAAGUGCGACUCGGACGACAUCGAUGGUUUGACAAACAAAAGAAAAAUAGCACCGGCUCUGGACGUGCCGCCUCCAUCACCGGCUCCUCACAUGAGACCAGACGGCCUGAUCUUGCAGAGGAAAUCAUAUAACCCUUGCCUUACCUUCGCUAAUCAUAAGGACUUUCACAGGGAGUUACUCUUCAACCAGAAAAUCGGCAAUAACGUCUUGAACCAGAAAAGUGAGCUGUAACGUGCUCUGGAAAAACAGAGGGAAACUGCGUCAAGGAGGAAAGCUGAGAGGAUCUGUGAGGAAAGUUACAAGGACGAUCCCAAGACUACCUUGCAAAGGGCGAUCGAGCAGAGAGCAAGACACAUUCAACUAACGCAGGAGUAAUCGCGAACGACAACGGAGUCGCCGAGCAACCUCUUAAUUACGGCGAGAGCGAAGCUGAGGCCGCGCACCGAAUCUCAAUGA